GUUGCCUCCGUCAUGAAUACACCAUGGUAACUACCAUGUGUUGAGACCGCCGUCAACUUGUUAACCCUUUUGAAAUCUCUUCUUUUGCAUCCUUUACUGAGGUCCUCGUUCCCGGGCUACUUCCUGGGUUUGCGAUACGCUCUUCACCACGCGUGAACCCCUUUAGGCGCACGCCGGAUCGGGUUUCAGAUCGACUGCGCCAUUGUAGCCUCUGUCUGCAGCACCUCCACCCGUACCUGUUCAUUUGUGUAGCGUGUGCUACUCUCGCAUCCUUUGUUUCCGUUUUAUCCACCGACCAUGGGACUCCUUGGCGCUAUACAUACUCUUCCGACUGUACUCGCUCUUGUCGCAGCUUCCGCAACUGCCCAGCAGUUCUACGGUGGGCUUCUGGUCGAGAUUACGAAGAAGGUCGAAUGCACCAGGCAUAGCAGAGUCGGCGACAGACUAUCCGUGAACUAUCGCGGUACACUCAAAUCCGAUGGCAGUGAAUUCGACUCGAGUUUCAACAGAAAGCCGUUCACAUUCACUCUAGGGGCCGGCGAGGUGAUCAAAGGCUGGGAUGUCGGGCUGGUGGGGAUGUGCAUAGGCGAAGAGAGGAAUCUAACAAUACCACCUACUUUGGCCUACGGUGAUCGGGAUAUGGGAAAGAUCCCUCCAGAAUCAACGUUGGUGUUUGAAACGGCGUUGGUGGCUAUUGAAGGCGUAGAUCCGGACGAGACAAAGCCUGUAGACAAAGACCCCCAGAAUACGCCUGGUUCUGGUGAGGAAAAGGGAGCACAACCAGCUCACGGCUCGCAAGGUGGGCCACAGCACGAUGCAGACGAUGAAAAUGGUAAAUGCAAGCUACUUGGACCGUUUGCACUACUUAUCCAAGGUGCUCUCGGUCUGUUAGCUCUCUUGUCCCUUGUCUGGAAACGAUAUCGCGAGACGCCUCAACGUCCUCUAAAGGUUUGGUUCUUCGAUGUGUCUAAGCAGGUCUUCGGGUCUGUUUUGCUCCACCUGGCAAACCUCCUAAUGUCUAUGUUCUCGAGCGGGGAUUUCGACAUCACACAAGCCUCUUCGGGUCCUCCUAAAGGAGGCUUUAUUCAGGAUGAUCGGUUUGAGAAGCCAAACCCGUGUAGUUUCUAUCUACUUAAUCUCGCUAUCGAUACCACGAUUGGUAUCCCCAUUCUAGUCCUUCUCCUCCGCAUUUUCCACUACGGCUUCUCCCUCACGCCGCUCGCCAAACCGGAGGGAAGUUUACGAUCUGGAAACUACGGGAACCCACCAAAGGCUACAUGGUGGCUUAAGCAAUCUCUAAUAUACUUCCUUGGCCUGUUGGGCAUGAAGUUUUGCGUCUUCAUCAUAUUUCAACUUCUCCCUUGGCUAGGAUGGGUAGGCGACUGGGCGCUUCGCUGGACCGAAGGCAAGGCAUGGGUGCAGAUAACGUUUGUGAUGCUCAUCUUCCCCCUUAUCAUGAACGCGCUUCAAUACUACAUAAUCGACGGGUUCAUCAAGGACAAAGUCAGCCCAAGUGAUAAACACAGUGAUCAUGACGGCGAGGAAGAGGAAGAGCAACAGGGUCUCAUGGGCAGAAGAAGAGGAUCUGAAGAAGAUUUCGAGGAGCGAGGCUUUAUAACAGAAGAGAACACGUUGAAGGAGCCCAAUCCUACUACCCUUCCCGCAUAUGAUGACGACGAUGACGAUGCAGAUACAAGGAUUGGGAGCAGCAGUAGUCGUGGAAGCACAACAAAGGAUCUGGUCGCAUGAGACAACUGUAUAUACAUGCAUUAACUGUUUGGCGAGGCGUUUGGUAUACGAUGCGUGGGGAAGAGGGAUAUGUCAUUGUUUUCCGCAUAGCACCACACAUGCGGUCACGGUCUGUAUUCAAGAAUCUUGGCAACUCUUCGAUCAUGAAAUCACAUUCUUAAAUGAUAGAUGCAA